CUCCGGCUAUGUUUUUAGGUGCAUGAGGUUGGUGCUUUGGGUUUAAUAUCUGAAAUUUUGGGGAGGAUCUCUGGGAUUAUACUAUUAUGUUUUUCGAAUUCCUACCCUUUAAGGAUUUGGUUUUCCAAUUCUAAUGAGAAAUGGAGACAGCAGUUGCUAUAAAAAAUUAAAAUAAAAAAUAAAAAGUAUCAAGAGCAUGCAGUAACCGAAACAAGGUUUCUCCCUAAUUUUGACGACUGAUCAACCUAGCAAGCUUCAAAAAGCAUAUAAGGAGAUGGUGAGGUGCAAGAGAUUGAGGAGGCAGUACUAUAACGGCAACGAAAACCCUAGGCAGCUGAUGGAUCUACCCAUAGAUAUCGUGGUGAAAAUCCUUUUGAGACUGCCGGUAGAAUCACUAUGUCGCAUCCGAUGUGUGUCCAAGACCUUGUUAAACAAAGUUGACAGCCUCUCUUUCGUUAGGCAGUACACACUUUCACUCGUUACUGGCAACAACCAUGUUGUUCAAGUACCUCAACUUAUGUGCUUUGCUUACACAAGUCCUUCCGAUGGAGAAGAGGACACUACUUCUGUGACUUUGCAAUCACUGAGAUAUGAUGGCGGUACCGCACUGACAAAAGGCGAAUACACAUUUACUCAUUCGACGUCAAGCCCUUUCCAUACAAGCUACAGUAUAUGUUUCGUUUUCUACAACUUGUUAUGCAUGGCCUGGGAAGAUGGACAUUGCCUGUUGAUCAAUCCUCUUCGUAGAGAAGUUUUAAUUCUCCCAACCGAUAGCAUUGAACAACUUACAAAAUAUGGUCCAAAUUCUGAAGUACACAUUGGUUGGUAUGGUAUGGGUUUUGAUAAUAUAACGAACACCUACAAAAUUGUUCGUAUUUCCAUGAUUCUCAGUAAGGAACCUUAUAGUACCCUCGGCAUGUUGGCGCAUGUUCUUGUAUUGGGAACGAGCUCAUGGAGAGAGAUAUCAUCUGUUCCUCCCUGUCUUUUAAAUCGCGCCUAUAAUAUUUGCGCAUAUGGAGAUAUGCAUUGGCUGGUGAAAGCAGGAGGUGCAAUAAAAAGCCACAUAAUUUCUUUUGACUUCAAGAAUGAAGAGUUUUGUUGGACUCCUACUCCCCCCACAUUGCAAAGCUCGAACAGGGAUUCCAAAUUGCACUUACUUACUUUAAGAGGAUCAAUGGCCAUUGUGGAGACAUUUUCAUUGCCAGAAGGAGGUAUGAAUGUUGAGAUAUGGGUGAUGAAAGAUUAUGCUAAGAAAGAGUGGGCGAGAGAGUACAACAUAAACGUGGACAUGCGUCCUGAGUUUGAGUUGAAGUAUGCGACUUGUGGUGAAUGGGAGCAUGGCAUAUUUUUCAAUGAUCUUGACAAUUCUUUGAAGUCCAAUGGUAUUGCUAUAUUUUUUUUGGAUCUUAGAUGUGAUUCCAUCAAUCUUGUGACAUGCCCACUUGAGACCGAGCAGUUUUCAAAGAUCAUGAGUUAUUCUGGGAGCUUGAUUUCCCUCAGAGAUUAUGGUACUCUAGGUUAUACUAACGAGCCUAAUGAUGAACUGGUUACUUGA